AUGGACAAGGUAAAAUCUGUUAUUGGAAUAUCCACGGAAGCGGGCAUGGGUUCCUAUUUGGGUAAUCUUGAGAAUCUUGGAGGUUCACGCGUUCAAGUCUUCGGUUAUGUUCGAGAUAGGUUGAAGGACCGGGUGAAUGGUUGGACAACAAAAUUUUUAUCUAAGGGAGGGAAGGAAGUUUUACUAAAUUCGGUGGCUUUGGCUCUCCCUACGCAUGUUAUGUCCUGCUUCAAACUUCCUCAAGGGGAUAAAUCUGAGGGAGGUGUGGGUUUUCGGGAUUUGGAGACGUUUAAUGACGCUUUAUUGGCUAAACACAUUUAUUCUACCAAGAUUUUAGUUGAAAAAGGCGCACGGUGGACGAUUGGGUCAGGGUUUAAUAUUUCGGUUUGGCGUGAUCCUUGGAUCCCUGAUCAACAUCCUCGCCCUGCAAACGGUAGGGGACGGCAACUGCUUCCAAGUCUAAUGGUAAAUCAUUUGAUUAACCCACGGAUUAAAGAGUGGCACUUACCUAUCCUCCAGGAAUUCAUGGAUCCGGCGGAUAUUCAGACUAUUCAGAGUUUGCCUGUUAGCAAAUCUUUUAAGCCAGAUCAAUUGGUGUGGCAUUAUACACAAUCUGGUCGGUACUCGGUUAAAUCGGGAUAUAAGGUAGCUCUAGCCAUGAAGGCUGACAUUGAAUUUGGUCCCAACUGUAAUAACUUGAAGGCUCAGGCUUGGGAUCUUCCGGUACCCCCUAAAAUUAAACAUUUCUUCUGGCAGAUCGCAUCUGGCUCUCUUCCGGUGACGGUGCGAUUAGCCUCUAUGGGAGUUAAUUGUAACACGGUUUGGGAGAGGGUUUUCAAUGGAUCAUGCAAGAAUAAGUUCCCUUUUGGAUCGAUCUAUUCCAACUUAGAUUUUAUAUAUGGUAAAGGGUCAGGCCCUAUGGCUUUUGGAACUACUCACAGUUCGAUACCGUGGUUGCUCUGGUUCUUAUGGAAGGAUAGGAAUAAAAAAGUUUUCCAAGGGUUACAAUCAAAGUCGAUAGAUAUUAUUAAUCAGGCUUUACGUGAACAAUUGUGGUGGACGGAAGCCCAAAUAGCUGCAAGGGUUGGUUCAGUUUCGACGGAAUCCCUGCAUAUUCCGGAGAUGAUAAUUCAUUGUCAAGUUGAUGGCUCGUGGAAAGUUAUGGAACCAAAUUCAGGUUUAGGAUGGUGGUAUGGAGAUGGUGAAAAUCAGACUAUAGUUAUGGGUGCUAUAUGUCAACGUCACAGUUCAUCCCCACUUCAUUCAGAGUUAGAAGCAUUAUUAUGGGCGAUGGAGUGUAUCUUGUCCAGAGGAAUAGACUGUCGGAGGUUCGAAACAGAUUCUGCAGAGCUACUAGCGAUGGUGCAAGAUCCGAAAGAGUGGCCGGUUUUCUCUACGCUUCUUGAUGAGUUCCAGGUGCUUAGUGCCUCCUUGCCUCCUUUUACCCUUUCCAAGAUCCCAAGGACGUCCAAUGUGAAGGCUGAUUGUUUAGCUCGUUCUUCUAGAAAGCUUGUGUCAGAAACGAUAUUUGAUAUUUAA